AUGGCCACCCCCAGUGUUCUCACCUUUGACGCUGAGGGUCGGCCUGUUGACUUUGAGGUCUGCGUAGAUGACCUGCAGCUUUUCCUCCAGUGCGAUAGGGCAGACGGUCUCUCCCUCUUUGACCUCACUUCUGGUGCCUCUCCUGCCCCUGCUGCUAAUGCUGACCCCACUGUUCGCUCACAGUGGGCCACCCGCGAUGCUGCUGCCCGCCUUGCUGUGCGGCGCCACUUGCCUACUGCUGAGCGCGCGCAUUUUAGUCAGUACAAGAGUGCUAAGACCUUUGACAUUCGCUACCGCGCUGCGCUUCCUGCUGACUUCUGCGCCAAGAACCCCCCCCCUAUGUACAUCACCCUCUACUACAUAGUCACGCGGCUCCUUAACACCCUUCGUUCGGGGUGCUCACCCUCCCCACUCUUGCCCUCUGUUGCCUCUGCUGCUGCGGCAGACCUCGUUGGUCUUGAGUCAGUCAGCGCGGCGUCAACCCCUAGCGGGAGACGCCGCUCAGGCAAGGGCAAGGGGGGCAAGGGCGCUGGAGGAGGUGGCAGGGGCAGUGGAGGAGGCGAUGGAGGCAGGGAAGAGGGGGUGGUAGUGGCGGUGGGAGUGGUGGCGGGGGUGGGGGCGCUAGUGGCGGCAGUGGAGGCAGAGGAGGUGGCGGUGGUGGCGGUGCGAGCGGGGGUAGCGGAAGUGGAGGCGGUGGUGGAGGUAGCGGCGGCAGAGGUGGAGCUGUGA